AUGGCUACAAAAGAGACAACAGAUGAGGCGCCGGCCGACAAUCGAGAUGCGCUCGAGGUGCUGGAAACCGAGGCCAAAGAAUGGGAGAAGGAUGCCGAGAUUGACCGCAUAUUGAAAGCCUUCAGGCUGGACGCGUACGCCGUCCUCGGGCUCAAACCAGGCGUGCCCGAAUCCGACAUCAAAGCCGCCUACCGCAAAAAGUCACUCCUCAUCCAUCCAGACAAGACCAAGAACCCCCUCGCGCCCGAGGCUUUCGACCGGCUAAAAAAGGCCCAGACGGAGCUGAUGGACGAGAAGCAUCGCAAGAACCUUGACGAGGCCAUCGCCGACGCGCGCAUGCUGCUCAUCCGCGAGAACAAGUGGACGGUCGACAGCCCCGAGCUCAAGACCGAGGAGUUCGAGCGCAAGUGGGCCGACAAGACAAAGUUCGUGCUCAUCGAGAACGAGCAGCGGCGGCGGCGGCAGCUCAAGGCGCAAAUGCAAGAGGAAGGCCGCGAGCAGCGGCGCCAGGAGGAGGAGGCCGAGCAGCGGCGUAAGAAGAGGCAGCACGAGGAGGACUGGGAGGCGACCCGAGACCAGAGGAUCAAUAGCUGGCGGCAGUUUCAGAAGGGCAAGACGGGCGGGGACGAGGGCCCCGAGAAGAAGAAGAAGAAGAAGCUCAAGCCUAUUGGUUGA